AUGACUCCUCCCCAGGUCCAUCAGCCUCCAUACAAAACAGUGGGAGAGCAUCCCUCCGAUUCACACGUAAUAGAGGAGAAGUACGUGGAGGAUGGUACGCUUGGUCGAGGAGGCUUUGGUUCAGUUUAUGCUGGGAGGAGAAAGAUAGAUAACUUACCAGUGGCGAUCAAACACAUCCGCAAGAAAAAGAUGCACUGUCAUCAAGUGGACUUCAAUGGCAAGACACGCAUAAUACCACUGGAAGCUUUCCUCAUGCUGAAAGUGGGAGCCGGACCAGCAACAGUAGGCACUUGUGCAGCCGCCGCAAUGCUAGACUGGUACGAGCUAGAGCGGGAGGUUCUUCUGGUCAUGGAAAAACCAGUCCCAGGUGUGAGCCUGCUGAACUAUAUGGAGAACAAUGGUGGAUGCCUGGAAGAGGAUGCUGCUAAGAAUAUCACGAAGCAGAUGGUGGAUGCAGCCUUAAUGAUGCACACCAAAAGCAUCAUGCACCGAGACAUCAAGACCGAAAACCUGCUCCUUGAAACCGGCUCCAAUGACCUUCGAGUGCGGGUCAUAGACUUUGGAUGUGGCUGCCUGGUACAGGAAGAACCAUAUUCCACGUUCUCUGGAACCGCAUCAUACGCCCCUCCAGAGUUUUUCAAAGCCAGGAUGUAUGAGGCUGGCCCCACCACAGUCUGGCAGCUGGGCGUGCUGCUUUAUGAAAUGCUGCAUAGAGCACAACAUUUUAACACCUUGAAGUUCCUCUGUGGGGAACUUUCUUUUAACACUAGCAUGUCCCAAGACUGCUCAAAUUUUCUGAGGCACUGUUUAAUUCUAGACCCACAGCAGCGGGCCACCUUGGAGCAGCUUCAGCUGGACCCCUGGCUGCAGAGUCACACUGUAGCCACAACUGAAACACCUGGCGAGAUGCCUGGCUUCUAA